GGCGGGGCUUCCGCGCUCUCUACAAAAGGCGCGCGCCGGCGGCAGGCGUCGCGCGGCUGCUGCUCGGCCCGGAAGCCAUGGCGUCGUUCACCGUGAAGGCGUACCUGCUGGGCAAGGAGGACGCGGCGCGCGAGAUCCGCCGCUUCAGCUUCUGCUUCAGCCCAGAACCUGAGGCGGAAGCCGAGGCCGCAGCUGGGCCCGGGCCCUGCGAGCGGCUGCUGAGUCGGGUGGCUGCCCUGUUCCCCGCGCUCCGGCCCGGCGGCUUUCAGGCCCACUACCGCGAUGAGGAUGGGGACUUGGUUGCCUUUUCCAGUGAUGAGGAACUGACAAUGGCCAUGUCCUACGUGAAGGAUGACAUCUUCCGAAUCUACAUUAAAGAGAAGAAGGAGUGCCGGCGGGACCACCGCCCCCUAUAUGCUCAGGAGGCACCCCGCAACAUGGUGCACCCCAAUGUAAUCUGCGAUGGUUGCAACGGGCCUGUGGUGGGAACCCGCUACAAGUGCAGCGUCUGCCCAGACUAUGACCUCUGUGCUGCCUGUGAGGGGAAGGGCCUGCACAGGGCGCACACCAAGUUUGCGUUCCCCAGUCCCCCCGGGCACCUUUCUGAGGGCUUCUCUCACAGCCGCUGGCUCCGGAAGCUGAAACACGGGCACUUCGGGUGGCCAGGCUGGGAGAUGGGCCCACCAGGGAACUGGAGCCCACGUCCUCCUCGAGCAGGGGAUGCCCGCCCCAGCCCCCCCGCGGAAUCAGCUUCUGGUCCAUCUGAGGAUCCCAGCGUGAGUUUCCUGAAGAAUGUGGGAGAGAGUGUAGCAGCCGCCCUCGGCCCCCUGGGCAUUGAAGUGGAUAUUGACGUGGAACACGGAGGGAAAAGAAGCCGCCUGAUGCCCAUCUCUCCAGAGACUUCCAGCACAGAGGAGAAGAGCAGCUCCCAGCCAAGUAGCUGCUCUUCUGACCCCAGCAAGCCAGAGGGCAACGUCGAGAACACUGAGCAGUCUUUGGCAGAGCAAAUGAAAAAGAUCGAACUGGAGUCUGUGGGGCAGCCUGAGGAACAGAUGGAGUCUGACAACUGUUCUGGAGGAGAUGAUGACUGGACCCAUUUGUCUUCAAAAGAAGUGGACCCGUCGACAGGUGAACUCCAGUCUCUACAGAUGCCAGACUCCGAAGGGCCAAGCUCUUUGGACCCUUCCCAGGAAGGACCCACAGGGCUGAAGGAAGCUGCCCUGUACCCACAUCUUCCACCAGAGGCUGACCCGAGGCUGAUCGAGUCCCUGUCCCAGAUGCUGUCCAUGGGGUUCUCCGACGAAGGUGGCUGGCUCACCAGGCUCCUCCAGACCAAGAAUUACGACAUUGGAGCUGCUCUGGACACCAUCCAGUAUUCAAAGCACCCACCGCCGUUGUGACCACUUCCGUUCACCUCUGUGUCCUCCUUUUUGGUCUCAUAGUUGUGUUGAGCUAGUGUGACGCAGGCCUCUGCAUGGGCCAGUUUCUCUGCCUUCUUCUUCCAGAAUCGGGGGGUGGGGUGCAUGAAGCCAUUCAGGCAGCAGAGCAAGUGACACGAGGGGAGGGUCCGAGUGUGCGCACUGACGUCUGAGGAACGAGCCUGGCCUCCCUGGGUGCCCGGGGUCCUCGCAGCUUCCCGGGGCGCAGCAGGCCCCGGCCCUGGUCUCUGCGAGGCUGCCAGGCUCACCGCAGCGCACCCCUGCCCCCCCACCCCUGCCAGGGGUACACCUGCAGCCCAGAAUGUCCUGCCUAAUGGCCUUCUGAUUUUUUUUCUUUUUUAAGUAACUAAUAGUACUGAGCUGAUUUUCCGCUAGAAACCUGAUACAUUCUGAUUUUAGGUAAGGUACAGCCCACGUGCUAUCGGGGAGUGGAGGCGAGCUGGGAGGUGGGGCAGCCCGUGCCGUGGGCGCCCACUGGGGAACCGGGAAGGGAAGGCCUCGCGCGAUGCUGUGCACAAGCGCUGCUCCCGUCUCCUGACCCCACAAUAGUUCAGUUCUCUCAUUUCCAAACGCGUCAGCUGCUUUUAAAGUGAGAAGAGCUCUCUGUAGCCAUCCUGUUUCCGUAUUUGUAAACAACCUGUAAUUAAAUGGUAUCAGCACUUUAA